AUGACUUGUAGGUCCACGCCUAGACUUGUAGUGUUCAGGGGCCGCAACAAAUUCCGCGGCGAUUGGUCCAAGGGGACCGCAGCGAGCCGCCUACCAAACGAGGGCGUCAACAACACUUAUUCGAUCAAUGGCAUCAAUUCGCAGCCCAUACAGCUGUUCCGCAAUUCUUUCGUGCGCUUCAUCAGAUCGAACUACUCCGCGGUGGAGCGGCAAGAUACCCGCUGCAGCCGCAUGGUUGCCUCUUUCAUCAUGUUCUGCGCGUGGCUGAUGGAGCGGAAGGAGCCGGAGCGAACCGGGUGUUUGGCGCGCGUGGUCGACAGCGCCUCUUUUGCCUUGGUCUCCACCGUGGUGAUCUUGGCGAACGCGGUUUUCAUCCUGUAUGCCACAGACUACGAAAUGCAGAACCUCAGCGAGCCUACAAAUGUUCAGAUACGGCCCGCGCCUCUCAAAGCUUCUGAAUGA